UGGAAUGGCUAUAUAAACUAAUUUUACUAUGGUUCACUUGCAUUAACUAGUAAUAACAAAAAUGAUUGCCGAAUUCAUGCAUAAAGUGCUAGGGUGUAGCAUGCCUUGACCUACCCGUUUGGAGUAUCAAUUGAACCAUACUAUGUAGUACUUAUAUAAAAUUACAAAGUCAUGCCUCAGGCAUAGCUUUAAAAUGCCAAAUCCUUUUGUUGCACUUGGAUGAAUCAGAUAGCAUAUCAACCCUAUGCGACUGAAGCAGCAUAAAGUAUUCAAGAGUAUAUAAGCUUGUUUUCUUUCAGCAGGAACUAUUAAUUUGUGUUGGUUUCACUAGUGUUUAUUCAUGGUUCAGUUGUGUUCAAGUGAUUUUCUGGACUGAUGGUUCACUUGCAAAUGUAGUUUGAUUAGUUGCCCGGAAUCAUAUUGACUUCCCAUGGACAUGCCUGUCAUAUGGCAAAAACCAAAGACGCAACUUUGAGCACUGCCAGAUUUUGCAGUCGCUCAAACUACUCGCAUGGCCACAACCAUUCCUGAUCUGCAAGUGCUCUCAAGUCUAAACUUGGUGAAGCCAAAGCACUGACAGAGCUCAACUUCCUACCGGAGACUAAGUAUGGGCAUGAAUAACUAUACCAGAUAAAUCAAAGAGAAAAGUGGUUAUAUAACAUCAAAGACGCAACAACUCUACUUGAGAAUCCCGCUUGCCUUGCUAACUGCCAAGCACCCAACUCACUCCUAUAGUUCGGACUUGGCAAGCCUGAGAUCUCAGAUCACAAUGGAGCUCUCCAUGGCGUUGGCCCUACCCAAGCUCCUCCUUCUGCUCCUACCUCUACUCUGCUUCCUUUGCUUAUGCCGCACCACCAGGAAGCAACCUCGCGCCGACGGGCUCAAGGUUUAUCCCAUCGUCGGCACACUCCCACACUUCAUCAAGAACCAGCACCACCUCCUCGAGUGGUCGGCUGGUGUUAUCGCUCGUUGCCCCACACACACCAUGGUUUUCAACUUCAAGGGCCUCGGCCUUAAUGCCGGCGCCAUCACUGCUAAUCCAGCCAAUGUGGAAUACAUUGUGAAGAGCAACUUCCAGAACUACCCCAAGGGUGAGUUCGUGUUUUCUGUCAUUGAAGACUUGCUGGGUCACGGCAUCUUCAACUCAGACGGCGACCAGUGGCUUUCUCAGCGCAAAGCUGCCAGCUACGAGUUUAGCAAACGCUCGCUGAGAAACUUCGUGGUCAGCACCGUCCGGUUUGAAGUCGUCGAGCGGCUGCUGCCGCUGCUCUCCCAGGCAGAGCAAGACGGCCGGACACUCGAUGUGCAGGAUGUUCUAGAGCGCUUCACGUUCGACAACAUCUGCCGUGUCGCCUUCAACGAGGACCCGGCGUGCCUCACCGAGGAGGGCCUUGGGGUGAACGGGCCUGCAAAGUUCAUGCGUGCCUUAGAUGACGCGCAGAGCAUCGUCAUGGCCCGGUUGAUAUCACCGGUCAAUUGGGCAUGGCGGGUCAAGAAGCUACUCAACAUGGAGCCAGAGAGGCGUAUGCGCAAGGCGCUCGCAACGAUCCAUGGCUAUGUGGACAGGAUUGUCCAUGAGCGCAGGGAGAAGGGAGCAGCCGGGCUGGCGCGCGAGGAUGACUUCCUGUCGCACUUUGCUUCGAGCGGGGAGCACAGUGAAGAGAGCCUCCGUGACGUGGUCACCAACUUCAUCGUAGCUGGGCGAGACACGACCUCCUCGGCACUCACUUGGUUCUUCUGGAUGAUAUCUGGUCGGCACGAGGUGGAGGAUAAGAUCGUGCAUGAUAUCUGCAGCGCGCGGGCAUCCAGUGGGAGCGAGGAUGCGGCGUUCAGUUUCGACGAGCUGGGCAAGAUGCAAUACCUCCAUGCUGCGAUCACAGAAUCCAUGCGGCUAUACCCGCCCGUGGCCAUGGACUCCCGCUGCUGCCAGCACGAUGACAUCCUGCCAGAUGGCACAUUCGUGGGAAAAGGUUGGCAGGUCUCCUACAGCUCGUACGCCAUGGCGCGGUUAGAGGAGAUAUGGGGCAAGGACUGCGCGGAGUUUAGGCCAGAGCGUUGGCUCGACGAGGAGGGUGCAUUUCGGCCGGUGAGCCCGUUCAAGUACACUAUCUUCCAUGCUGGCCCAAGGAUGUGCCUCGGCAAGGAGAUGGCCUACAUACAAAUGAAGUCCAUCGUUGCAUGCGUACUCGAGAGGUUCAGAUUCCAGCACAUUGGUGGCGACAGGCGGCCGGGCCUUGUGUUUUCGCUGACGUUGCGAAUGGAAGGUGGCUUGCCGAUGCAAGUGAAGAAGAGGGAUUACUAAACAGCUAGCAUGUUCCAUUUCCCUACAAGUUGUUCCUCUAUCCUGCCUUCUGGUUUUAGUCCUAGAUUUUAUGGUUCUAGCUAGUUUUGACGCACCAGAUUCAGGUAGUCUAUAAAUUCACUAGAUAACACAACAAAAAACAAGGAGGUCCUAAAAGAGGACAGAAAAGGUGAUGAAUAUAUUCCAACGACUACUUUAAGUGCUCCUCCAAAGAUGCAAGUGUUUCCAAAACUAUUAAGAUGUAGGUAUGCACUAACACCGCACG